GGACAGUAAAGGGGAUUUCUCUAGUCAUUCUAUAAUUGGAGAAGGCUUAGAACUCGACAGAGAAAUGGGUCGGGUGGCGAGAGUCUAUCGUCUCUAUUGCUCCAGAGGCUGAGCCUAGAUCAUGAUCUCAGAAGUUUUGGAGAGAACAAACUAGGCUACAUAGCGAGAUCUCCUCACCCCCAAAAUAUUGCUUAGGAUAUGUGACUUGAGCACAAUUGUUGGCUGAGUAACACAGCCCACUUCUCGGCGUUCUAUUUCCCAUCGUUGGGGUCGGGGAUGGCUGUGGAUUUGCUUGCGGACCAGCUCAUUUCCUGCCCUAGGGCUGAUCAUGAGUGAACUAUGGCUCCAGUUCACCAGGAUUCUGAGGUGGAAAGAGGUAUCAUAAGUAAAUGUCAGAAGCCAGACGGGAACACAUAGCUUCCUAUGAAAACAGCCCCAUCGGACACAUACCGGGGAGGCGGCAGGACUUCAGUGGUAGGACUGGAGAUAAUGCCCACACAGCACUUAUUUGCCUGCCGCUCUGUGCUGCUCAGGGAUUUGGGGAUGGAGGCCACUGAGUUUUCUCUUUCUGACACUUCUCAACUUCCUGCUUUGUCAUUGCUUUUGGUUGAGGCCUUAGCCAUGGAGAAGAACGAUGUAAUCAACUUCAAGGCCCUGGAGAAAGAGCUGCAGGCUGCCCUCGCUGCUGACGAGAAGUACAAAAGGGAGAACGCAGCCAAGUUACGGGCAGUUGAGCAAAGGGUGCCUUCCUAUGAGGAAUUCAGAGGUAUUGUUCUUGCAUCACACCUGAAACCUCUGGAACAAAAGGACAAGAUGGGAGGGAAGAGAUUUGUGCCCUGGAAUUGUCACACUACUCGGGAAAGGACUUCUCAAGAUGUGGUCACUGAAAUACCCCAGGAGAAAUCACCCUUCCAGCCCACCACCUCUGCAGAAUUUUACCGCGAUUGGCGGCGACACUUAAGAAGUGGGCCAGAGCGCUACCAGGCCCUACUUCAGCUUGGGGGGCCCAAGCUGGGCCACCUCUUCCAGAUGGAUGUGGGCUUUGGACUUCUUGGGGAGCUGCUGGUGGCAUUGGCUGAGCACGUGAGGCUGAGCGACCGGACGGCAGUGCUAGGGAUUCUGCACAGCCUGGCUAACACUGGGCGGUUCAACUUGAACCUGAGCCUGCUGAGCCAUGCAGAGCGAGAGAGCUGCCAGCGCCUGUUUCAGAAGUUGCAGGUCAUGGGCACCACCAGACCCAUGCAGGAGGGCCUCACUGUGGAGGAGCCAUCUGCUGGGCUACAGGGAGGAGAAGAGCUCCUACAGGAGCUGCUAGGACUGUAUGGAGUCCAUUGACAGGACUGGUUGCCCUCAGCAUUCCUCAGUGGUCUCAGAAGGCAUUUUACAAAGACACUUUAUGUGUAUGAGUGUUUUUCCUACAUGUAUGUAUGUAUGUAUGUAUGUCCACCAUGUGGGUACCCAGUACCUGAGGAGGCCAGAACUAGGUGUUAGAGCCUCUGGAAGUGUAAUUACAAAUGGUUGUGAGUUGCCUUGUGGGUGCUGAAAUCAAAUCC